GUGGCCUCUCACUGCUGCCGGUACUCAGGGCAAACUCGUUUACUGUGAGCAGCUGGUGGGUAAGACUGGUCCCGAGCCGAGGACAGCGAGUGGGGAUUGCAGAGAGUGAAGGACACACUCCGAGAUCAAAUGGCUGCCUCCAAGUUCUUCCAUUCUGAUGAAAUCAUUGGACUACAAUCUGAUUAUAAGACUGGUGGAUUAGGAGCCAUUCUAUCUCAGAUAAGGAAUAAAUGUAGUCACUUAGAUGAGGUACAGGUUAACAUUGCAGUGGCAGGUGAAGCAGGCUCAGGGAAAUCCACCUUUAUCAAUGCCAUAAGAAAUCUUCAGAGCAACGCUCAGGGAGCUGCUCCGACUGGUCACUGUGAGACCACAACUGAGCCAACCAUGUAUGAUGCUGAACUGGCCAAGAAGGUCCAGGAGCAGGGCAAACUGUGCUUCUAUGUCCGAUGUAAAAUAGACAAUGAUCUCCACUCACUGGCAAUGGAAGGAGCUGAGUUUACAGAAGAUGAAGAGAUGAAGACAAUCCGGAUGGACUGUGUGGCCAACUUCCAAUACGCUAACGUUAAAAUACCCCCCAUUUUUCUGAUAUCAAACUUUAAAUUGAACAAAUAUGACUUUCCUGAACUAAGGACGAACCUCGUCAGACAUGUCCCGAUGAUCAGGUCACAGGGUUUCACACUCGCACUCCCCGAAAUAACCAGGGAGAUUAUGGGACAGAAGAUAAGAUCGAUGGUGAACAGAAUCUGGCUGUUGGCUGUGCUGGCCGGUGCUGUGGGUGCGGCCCCAUGGCCAGGCUUGUUGUUUGUGACUAGCAUUGGGCUGGUAGUCGCAGGACUCGUAUAUCUCCAGCGGGAGGUUGGACUGGAUUACGGGUCUCUGUACAGAGCGAUCAGCUCAUUCCGGGAGGAGCCCAUGAGCAUAUGGAAAACUGUAAAGAAGCUUUGUUUACUGAGUAAACUGUCUCCAGUGCUGUUGGCCACCGCUGUUGGCUGCACGGUGGCUAUGAAGGAACGUGGCUUCCCUCCAGUGACCAUCUCUCUCCUCGGAGCAGCAGUGUCCUCGUGGUUCACCGUCACGGUCCUGACGGACGCAGUGAGGCAGCACGUGGGAGCCGCACAGAGAGCCGUGAAAAGCAUGUUUGAUAAAGAUUCAUUUUAUCUUCUGUAA